AUGGCCUCUGCCGCGACCUCGUCGUCGCGGCCAGGCCCGACAGCAGCCUCCCGUCCCUCGCAAACAUCGAGCCCCAGGCCCUCCGCAGGCGGCCCUUCCUCUCGGCCGCCGCCCUCGCGCAAUAGCAUCACCGAUCCCAUUCUCCGAAACACCCUGCGAUACACAAUCUCCGCCAAGGAGUAUGCCACCCUACACAAGUACGUCUUGUCGCGCUCGCGGCUGCUUAAGAGGGCUGCACCGAGCGUCACCGCUGUCGAGCGCAUCGUCGAUGGUGACAAGGCCGCUGUCGCAAGGCAAGGAAAUGCUGCUCCCGCUGCUCCCGCUGGUGCUGGGGCUGGUGCUGGGCGAGCUGUUGACGAUUAUAAUGCCCGCGCCGUGCGGCAUUCGCUUCGCGUAUUCUUGGGGACAGCCAUGGCGUUGAAGGGUUGGGCUCUCAUUUCUACCAAAUUCCUGGGCGGAAAGCCAGACCCUAAUGCCAAAAAGCAACCCCUCCACAAGUCACCAACCCUCCGACUCUCCCUCUCGCUUUCAGCUAUCCUCCUUCUCUACCGCAUCCUCUUCCGUUUCCUCAACCGCCUACGAGCGCACCUACUCGACCCAUCAGCGGCGCCCUUCCGCCAGCGCAACCCGCGCACAACUGCGACCUUGACGUCCCCCUUCGCUCCGGCCAUUGGCGCGUCUCUCGCUGGCGCAUUCCUCGGCGUGUACCCCGCGCAGCAGUUGCGCGUCACCAUUGCCAUUUACACCUUGUUCAGAGCCCUCGAAUUCGGCUGGAAUCUGUGUGAAGAGGAGGGCAUGAUUUGGGGCUUCAAGAACGGUGGAAAGGUCAAGAGGGAGAGACCCUGGUGGUGGGGCAGCUGGCUCAUCCAGCCCUUUGCCUUUGGACAACUGCUUCAUGCUGUUGUCUUUGACCGGGAUUGCUUCCCUGAGUCAUACGGAAACUUCAUUUUCAAAAAUUCAACAGCGUACAUUCACCCCAGGCCAAACGACUACCCAUCUCAUCUCAAGUGGCCCAAGGCCAUGGAGAUUGUCGACAACCUUGCCCAGAUGGCAAAGCUGAACUGGCCACCCUUUGUAUCACCAACUCUCUUCCCGAACAAGGAAACACUGCCACCAACGCUCAGCGCUGUUGCACCUCUCACUUCAUCAGCGCAUCCCAUCAUCACUUCGCUAUCAUGCGCUACUCUUCAUCCGUCCGACCCAUCUUGCCUUCGGACGUACCUCAACUUCUGGCUUGGUUCUUUCCCCGGCCUCACCAAAUUCUUCCUGGUCAUUUACUCCGUCAUGACCUUUGUUCCGCGGUUCCGCUCGCUGUAUAAUGCUCCCGUCACAACCUUGCAGCGUGUUAUUGCCAAGUCGUUGCGGAUGAGCACCUUCUUGACCGGUGCCAUCUCCACUGCCUGGGCCAGCAUUUGCUUCUUCCAACAGUGGUUCCCUCGCACAUUCCUGCCAACUCAGAGGUUCUUCUUUGGAGGCUUCCUCGCCGGUCUGUGGGCGUGGGUGGAGCGCAAGAGCGGACGUGGUGUCUUCUUGUACUCGGCCCGCGUGAGCGUUGACUCUCUGUGGAAGGUCGGCGUCAAGAGAAGGUGGUGGAAGGCCAUGAAGGGCGGAGACGUGUGGGUCUUUGUCAUGGCGCUGAUGCUGACCGGUGUUGUCUACGAAAGAGACGCGAGGGCUGUCAAGGAGGGCAGCUGGAGAAAGGGCAUCAGCUGGGUCCGGGGCGAGGGUUUCAAGGACUGGAGCAUCGAAGAGGAGUCUGAGGACGAGACUCUGUUGGAGAAGACCGACUAG